AUGAUUGCACGCACGAUUGACAUUCCUCUGACCCAAAAGGCAAUCAUUGCCGGACCCGACAGAAACUUCACAGUCGUACACGAUGCGCCUGUCAUUGACCUCGCUCCCAAUGCAAUCCUAGUCAAAGUACACGCUGUCGCACUAAACCCCGUGGACACCAAACUGACCGGGGAUUUUGUUACGCCUGGAGCGAUUUUCGGGUUUGAUUGCGCCGGCACGGUCGUGGCCGUGGGCUCAGCCGUGCGCAAGCGCUGGGUGAUUGGAGAGCGAGUAUGCGGCAGCGCAUGCGGUAUGGAUCCAGAGCGACCUUCAGGCAGUGCUUUUGCCGAAUACACGGCACUGCCUGGCGAAUUGGCCCUUCGCAUUCCUGAUUACAUGUCGUUCGAGGAUGCCGCCACGCUUCCAACCGCUCUCAACACUACCGUCCUUGCAGUGUUCUGGUCCAUGAACAUUCCCAUGUCUUUGAUUGAUAAGCCUGCCGAGAAGUCUUUCCCCAUCCUUGUUUACGGAGGCAGUACUUCUGUGGGCACAAUGGUGAUCCAGAUGCUCAAGAGAGCCGGUCUCAGACCUAUCACGACAUGCUCGCCUAAGAACUUCGACUUUGUCAAAUCCUUCGGCGCCGAGGCCGUCUUUGACUACCGCUCGCCCUCAUGUGGGGCAGACAUCAAAAAGUACACCAAGAACGGCCUGGGAUAUGCUAUUGACUGCAUUACCGAAGAGUCGAGCAUGAAGAUCUGUUACGGGGCCAUCGGGCGCGCUGGUGGCCGUUAUAUUGGCAUGGACCCUUUCCCCGCGCACGUCGCAGCCACUCGCAAGAUUGUCAAGUCAGACUGGGUUGUUGCAUUCCGCAUCACGGGUAUGCCUUGCAACUGGCCUGCACCUUUCACCAGCGACGCAGAUCCAGAGUUGUCUGAAUCUGCAAUUCCGUUCUUCGACUCUGUGGAGAAGUUGCUUGCCGAUGGCCAGAUAAAGACUCAUCCCGCAAAGGUCAGCGACGGCGGGCUCGAAGCGGUCAUUGGCGGCGUUGAUCUUCUGCGUCGCAAGGAGAUCAGCGCAGAGAAACUGGUGUACACGACCAUCUCGGAAAAGUGA